AUGAUUGUCUCUUGUGUGAUAUCUCUGGCCAUAUUUUAUCUUGCCAACGUUUAUGCUGAUUGUGAUUCGUGUGGAUCUUAUGGUAGAUGUAUUGAAUAUAAUGAAGUCAACUCGACCACCGUGAACGUUACAUGUCAUCUGUGUGCUUGUCCAACCGGGAUUAAUUCAACAUGUUGUGAUGGUGAGGGCUUAGGGAUACUGUAACAAUACCGUUAUACCCUCUAUAUUACUGUAACAAAAACCAAACUUUCCAACAACUUUUCUAUUGUAAAAAAACUUUGUUGUAAAAUUUUGGUUACUGUAGCAAAUUUAGUCGCGAUAAUAAAGUUCUUUUUCAGACCCAACUCCAUGUGACCCAAAUCCCUGCGGCAAUAAUUCAUCAUGUGUUCCGAACGGUGCUCUAAAUUAUUGGUGUGUUUGUAACUCAGGAUUUACCGGGGAGAAUUGCACAGAAGAGGGUGGGUAACUCUUUUCUCAACCCUAUGUUUCCUUUCAGUAAUGUAUUGCGACACUUUAACAACAAUAUGUGGCCCAACCACCUCAACUGCUUCCUCAUUUACCAGCAGCACAUCAUCUUUUACCAGUAGUUCUUCCCAACUCUCAACCACAGGUUCGAAUUCCUCCUCCACAACGACGUCGGAUGAGUGGUCUUCCACGUCGGACAUAUGUAACGCCUACACGGAAUCAACCAUUUGUUCAGGUAAACAUAAUUUUUUGAUACUAUAUCAUCAAGGUCAUCCCGAGUGUCCAUUUGUGUGUAAAAUUGUAACUUUGUAUGAAUUAUUUAUUUGUAGAUUGUAUCCACGGAAACCUGGAAUGUAAAAAUAAUGGGACGUGUGGGUGGAACGGCAAUGGGUCCCUCUGCGAUUGCCCGUGGGGAUAUUCGGGCGACAGUUGUGAAAGUAAGACAAUUCAUAAUUGCAACGUCCUAGCAAGGAGAGGAACCUGAAGGAUUCCUUUUUCGGACGAUCUGGCUUAACGGCUCUAAUUCUGAUUUUUGGACCUUAAAAGUCUUGCUCUUAAUGUAAAUCCUUUUCCAGCCAAGGAAGGCUGCGCUGAUACUCCCUGCCUCAACGGCGGGACUUGUUUCAAUAUAAACAUUACUGAUUACGAAUGUGGUUGCCUCAGUUUAUACAACAACACCGACUGUGAUUACUAUGACCCCUGUAAUGCAAGCCCCUGCAAGCACGGGGAGUGUAUAAACACGGCAGACGGAGAGUUUUAUUGCAAUUGUACGACUGGAUACAAUGGAACGUACUGUGAUGGCGGUAAGUGGCACAUUCUAAACUUCUGUUUGGUCUCGAAUUUUGAAGAAAUAAAACUUUUUACAGUAAUUGAUUACUGUGAGGACAAUCCGUGUGAAUACAAUGGGACUUGCACAUCGUAUGUCGGCUACUAUGACUGUGAUUGUCCAGACGGCGCAUAUGGAACAAAUUGCGAGAACUGUAAGUCCGUCAUAUUGGUCAUGCAACCUUUCAGUGACCGAUAACUGCGCUGUGUCCAACAGCACAUCAAAUUCAACGACCAUUUGCAAUUCGAGGGACAGUGAAGCCAGUUGUACCAAUAGUCUUCGGAAUUACACUUGCACUUGUUCCGCGGAAUGGGCCGGCCGGAAUUGCUCCAUUCGUAAGUAAAGUAUUGGUGUGUGGAGAUUCACAAUGAUAUGUUCUCGUUUCCAAAACUUAUUUAGUUUAGUGAUUUAAGACAUAGAUUUCUAUUUUUUUCUAUUUCGGCUGCUGAUCAGCCUCCAAUUUCAGCCAUCAACAUAUGGAAUCUCCUUCAAUACUUUGAUGACAAGUCAAAUUCAGUUGCGGCAUUCUUGGAGUCAAUAUCUGGUGACCCUCAGGCAAUCCAAAAAUCGGCUGCCUAUGUCGUUGCCACGCUGAAUAUGGGGAAUCUCUCUGAAGCGGGCUGGAAAUUAGAGGAGACCAUAAUCUGGGCAGCUUUUGAGCAACGAGAGUUCAAUGCAUCGUAAGUUUAUUUCCAACAUCUUGUUAAAGCUGUAAUAUCCCUGUCUUUAGAGAAAACUUUUACACCUUGACCGACGCCACCAUCGGAAAUUGUUUUACUUUCAACCACAAGAAAAGCGCCUUUACUUUUAAACUUCGGAAUUCGGGAGAAACCAAUGGAUUAUCGAUGCUGACCAAGGUCAACGAGCAGGAGUACAUUCCUUGGCUGGAUAUCGCCAUGAUGAGUGUGUAUGUUCAUCCAUUCAAUACGCUGGUCUUUGCCGAGUCUCUGAGUUUUGAUGCAAUUCCUGGAGCUAUUAGUGUGUUGAGGGUGUCUAAGGUAAGGAGCUCAACAAAAUAUGACUCAAUAUAUAAAAUUUACAAAACAUUCCUUACAGUCAACCUACACUAGACUUGGAGGGCAUUUUGGAGCAUGCACGAAGAAGCCUUCCGAUGUCAAAGCAUAUUUUUAUCAAGGAAAUUACUCGACUGAUGUGAGUUUCUCUUUAAAAGAAGUACUCAAAGUGCGAAACGCCAAUCUAAUCAUAACCUGAGCCCCGAUUCGCGCUCUUCUCUUGUGAAUCUUUAAAUUCCAAGACUCCACAAACAAUGCUUAUUUUCAGGCCUGUCUCUGGAGUUGUUACCAAGUGCAAGUCAACGAAAGUUGUGGUUGUAUGGAUCCCCGAUAUCAGAUGCCCAAAAAGGGCGCCCUUUCCUGCGGAUUGACCGAUGCCAAUUGUGUGUUUAAUGUAACCGAUGCAUUAGGGGAUCCUUCAACUUGGGAUACCUGUGAUUGUCCGACGGAGUGCGAGGGAAUUCAGUAUGAUGUUCAAUGGGAUGGAGCGGGGUUUGUGGAUUCGGUAAGAUCAAUUUAGCAGCCAUCUAUUAUCCUCUUAGCCGGUUGAAUGCAGUUCGUUGGAGAACGAUACAACUGCUUACCAGAACUGUAUAACUGAGUUGAAUGAUUAUGCCAGGAUUGUCGUUUAUUUCCCUGAUAUCACUCAAACAACGUACGCUGAGUCGGCUAAAUGGACCGUAAGUUGAUACAUAAUGUAGAGAGUGCCUCUAAACUCCUAAAAUAAAGUCCACUCUCCCUACCCAUCUUUUGUCAUCAUUUUCCAGAUCAACAGCUUGAUGGCGUACUUUGGUGGGUUGGUUGGCGCGGUAAUGGGAUUUUCUUUCGUCUCGGUCAUCGAAAUUGCCUUCCUUUUCUAUCGAUGUGUGCUUGUGAUGUGCACAAAUGAGAGUGCGACCUUAGAAGAGGUAGAUGUGGGAGGCAUGGACGAAGAUGAACAGUCCAACGGAGCUCCCGCAGGAAAAGUGAGGUCAUUGGAUCUGGUAGAAAAGGAUAACAUCGAGAUUGCAACUGAUGCAACGCAAACUUCUGGAGCUGAAGUGAAGCCAGAGAAGGGAGAGAAAGGAGAGAUUCCGCCUCAACCAGUCAGCAGUGAACCAGUUGUAGCACCAGUGGAUCCGGGGAAAGAAACUCCCGGAUCAGCGAAACCAACAGAAACGUCUAAAGGGGCAACUGCUGCAGCUGCGACGUCGGCAACGCCUCCGGCUGCCGCUGAAGCUACGCCAACACCAGCACCGGCUCCAGCAGCAUCCGCAGCUUCGCCGGCCGCAGAUAAACCGCCUAGUGGCAGUGAAAAUAAACCGGUAUAA